AUGCUUUUUCGGCUCAAACUCUGCGAACUCCUUCUAGCGUCUUAUGGGGCGUCUUAUGCCGUUAGGUUCUUGCAGAUUUUGACAGAUGGUAACUGUAACAGUUUGACAGUGUGUGCUCCUUCCUGUUCUGCGCAUGAUCUUGGUCAGGGGAAUGCAUACGGCGCUGCACUUUGUGACAUAUGUCUCCAUCCUCCGAAACACGAGGACCACUUUUAA